AUGAGCCUGUCUAAAGCUGCUAUUGGAUUAACACUUUUACCACAUUUGGGUGGUUUUCAUGGUGGAUAUAUUACAAGACAAAAUAUUAAAGAUUGGUAUGAACGUCUUGAUCGACCAGCAUGGAGACCACCAAAUUGGGCUUUUCCACCUGUUUGGACAGCAUUAUAUACAAUGAUGGGUUAUGCUUCAUAUCUUAUAUAUCGAGAUGGUGUGGGUGACAGUCGUACUCGUGCUCUUACUCUUUAUGGUUCACAACUUGUAUUGAAUUGGCUUUGGACACCACUCUUUUUUGGCUAUCAUAAAAUAGGACUUGCAUUUGCUGAAAUGCUUGUACUAUUAGCAAAUAUUGGUUUAUGUAUUGGAGCAUUUUAUCCAAUCAAUCGAACGGCUUCUUAUCUUUUAGUGCCUUAUUUUGGUUGGGUAACGAUGGCUUCAGCAGUAACAUAUACAGUUUGGCAACGAAAUAAAAACAGAGAAAUUUUAUAA